AUGAACGUCCUAAGUGCAAAUCAAUAUGUACACAUCCUCGACAAUGACUCGGGAGUGGUCCGCAUUGAAAUUGGUCCCAAGAGAAUUGCCCUGAGAGCCAAUGAAGAGAUUAUCAAAACCAACGACUUGUCCAUCAUUAAGGAAGGACAAUAUUGUAUCAUCAAGAAUCCAUACGAUUAUGAACAGGAGAGAAAUUUGAUGGGAGAACGAAAGAUUGUCUGUGGACCUAUUGCCUUGGCUUUGCAUCGUAACGAAUACAUUGAACGUGUUUCCGAUGUUCAUAUUUUGAAAUACAAUCAAGCCUUACGAUUGAGAUCAUUGGUCGAGAAGAAGGUCUUGGUGGAUGGAAAGGAGAAGGAUCUCAAGGCUGGAGAUGUCUAUCAAAUUACAGGACCUUGCCGUUUUGUACCCGAUAAAGAUACUGAAGUAUUGAAGACAGUGGAUUCCAUCAUGAUCAACGAGAAUGAGGGAAUUUAUGUCAUUGAUACCGAGACUUCAGAGAAGAGUCUAGUCAAGGGACCAAAAAGCUAUUUGAUGAAGGCCACUGAAGAGCUAUUCUACAAGCAAUAUACCGAGAUGGAGAGAGCAGCUCUUGGUUUGGGAGAUGCCUCCACGUACGAAGCUACUGUCAUUCGUUUGGAAAAGAAGCAAGUGGUUUGUGUGUUGGAUGCUGAGAGAAAUGAAACAGUCAUUAAUGGACCUUGUUCCUAUAUUCUUUCUGCCGAGCAGCAUGUCAAGUGUUUACAUUUGAGUGCUGGCAAGCCAAAAAGAGUGAAACAAAUUAAGGCUGCCAAGAUUAUGAAAGGUCCAGAUUUUACCAGUGACUCGUUUAGAGUGAGCACGAGAGAUAAUGCCGAGUUGCAAGUCUUGUUGACUUACAAGUGGGAAUUCUUGGUCGAUGAUUCUGAAUCUCAUGUCAUGUUCCGUAUGACAGAUUUCAUUGGAUAUGUUUGUGCAACGUUGAACAGUCGUGUUAGAGAGUUGGCUGCUCUAUUUACAUUUGAAGAGUUUCAUUCUGGAACUGUGUCUCUCAUUAGAAAACAUCUCUUCCGUGAAUCUGUGGUCAAAGUUGGAGAGGAAGAACGCAAGGUGUUGGGAAUUUACUUUGAUGAAAUCAAAUUGUUGAUCUCUGAAAUUGAUGUGAAGGAGGUGAGCCCUGUCAAUAAUCAAAUCAACGACUUGCUCAACCAAUCCAUCAAAUCCAACAUGAAAAUUGUCUGUAACAAGAUGGAAACUGAAGCCUCAAGAGAAGCCCAAAAAGAACAGCUCAAAGCUCAAGCUGAAAUUCAGAAAUUGAGAGAAGAGCUCAUUGACAUUGAAAAUGAAAAUAUGCAGAUUGAAAAGCUCGAAAAUGCAAGAAUUGACUCUCUCGUUGUUGCAGAACAAACCAAGACCAAUAUCGAAGUUCAAGAGUACAAGUGUGGUGGAGAUACCACCAUUGAACUUGAGCAUAUGAAAAACAUGAUUGAGCUUCUCGGCACAGAACAAGGACAAAAGUAUUUGGCCCUCAAGAAGGCUGAAUUGGCCAAUGCAAUUCCCGAACAGAUGUGGUAUCUCAACAACGACAAAUUGCACUCGUCAUUGUUCCAAUAA